CUUCCAUAAAACUGGAGAAUCUUAAAAAAUAUAAAUAAAAUCAAAAUAAAUCCAGAAAUCAGAGAUACCUAUUUUUAUGUACUAUUUUUACUUUGUUUUUAAUGUGAUUAACUAUUGUUCAUCAAUAUUUAGUGCCCUGAAAAUGCCAGAUAAUCCGAGCAGUACUGAUGGUCACUCUGAAGCUGAUAGACUUCGAGAGGAUGAAUUAGCGCGAGAAUUAGAACACAGCGACUCGAACGAAGAUGACUCUCAAGAGAUAUCACUCGAAAUAGAAGAGAAGCUGUUGAAAGAUGAACCCGAAUAUACAACUUUAAUGAAUUAUGGUGAAAGUGUGCAGUCGUCAAGCAAUGUAGAGAGUGAAAUAGUGGAAACAUAUUCUGAUAGCUCACAGAAUGUAGAAACUGUUCACCAAGCUGAUGAACUGGGAAAUGUGUAUACUGAUAACUCUACCACAUUCAUUGGGUCACAAACUGAUCUAAUCACAGAUCAAUACGAAUCAUUCAUAAACAACUAUUCUUUUGACAAAACAAAUAUCAUUGACACUCAAUCUCAAAAUGAACAGUUAGAUAAAACAGAUUUUAAUGAUGAGAAUAAAGAUAAUAUAGUAAUGCCAGAUAUGAAUGAUUUUCAACAAAGUGAAUCUUUAAGUAAUUAUGAGUCUCAAAAUGCAGAAGAUAUGUUAAUGAGUGAAAAAGAGAGAGAAAAGAAGAGUAAAAAAGAGUUGGAGGAAGAGGAGCGGGAAAAAAUGCAAGUUUUGGUCUCCAAUUUCACAGAAGAGCAGCUAGAUAGAUAUGAAAUGUAUCGACGUGCAGCAUUUCCAAAGGCAGCAGUGAAACGCCUAAUGCAGACUAUAACUGGAGGCUCAGUUGGACAAAAUGUAGUGAUUGCUAUGUCUGGCAUUGCAAAAGUAUUUGUAGGCGAAGUUGUGGAAGAAGCUCUAGAAGUAUUGGAAAAGUCCGGUGAAGCUGGUCCCCUGCAGCCUAAACAUUUAAGAGAAGCACUUAGACGACUCCGAAUGAGAGGGGCUUUACCAACUAGAAAAGCUUACAGGAGUAUGUUUAGACUCUAAUCUAAAAACUGUAGAUUAGCACAAAAGUACUCACUAAGUGUACAUAAUACAAAUUUAUUGUUGCUCUAUGUAGUAUUAGAUGUAAAUUAAUUAUUUUCUCAAUUUUUCAAUAAAAUAAAUUAUAAUGGUAGUAUAUGCAUGAAUUUGUUCUAUUUAUACUAACAUAGCUAAGUAGCUUGUAUAUUUUAUAUUAAAUCUUAUAAAUGAAUAACACUGGACCCAAUUUUGCCAUGAUUCCUUAGAGCUAAAAUUUAAUAUGACUACAGUGUAUCUUUGUCAUACUGAAAACCUAAAGAAAAGGGGACUCUGUUGUAAAAUUUGGUUUUAAGUCUAUUGAAUCAAGGCACAAAAUUAAUGGAUUUUUGUUUACAGUUAUUCUAGCUACCAUAUGUUGAUACCAAAUAAAAAAUCAUGUAAGUACCUACUAUAUAUUUUUUAUUAUUUUAGGAUGGUAAUUACGUAUAAAAAAUGUAUGCGUAAUUUCUAUCUCAUCUUGUCUAUCGUAUAUAUAUCUAUGGUAAAGACCUUCUGUAAAUGGAAUUUGCAUAGAUGCGCGUUAUGCGUUACGACAAAAUUGUUCACAUAUUGCCCAUAGUAAUCAUUUUCUCCUCAGUUGUUGUGUUGUAGCAAGCUGUCAAGAUGUCAAAAUAUUUGAAAUAUUACCCUAGCGACCCAAAAAGUAAUAAUGUUACCUACCAGUCGUAAGAUAAUUUAAUGCAAGUAUAAAAGAUAAGAUGCAUAAAAGUGAACAAGAUUUAAUGUAGGUGACCAUUUAAUUAUUAAUAAAUGAAUAAAUAUUACCAACACUCACAUCAAUUAGCCUAGCCCCAAAGUAAGUACUGUAAGGCUUGUGUUAUGGGAUACUAGGGUAAUGUAUAGAAUCCCCAGGGGCCCCGGUGGGCCCCCGUGCGGGCGGCACGGAUGUGGCGGAGGAGGCGGCGACGGUGCGGGCCUGGGCAGGAGUCCCCGACGCCGUCGCGGGGGACGCCGACGGCAUGGCGGACAUUUUCGCGGACGACAUCAACGUCGUCUGCAGCGCCGCCAUGCCGAGGGCGCCGGUUGGCCCACGGAGGAGUGGGCAGGCAUACUGGUGGACGCAGGAGCUCACGAUCCUGCGUACUGCCAGUAUGGGGGCCAGGCGCGCCUACCAACGAUGCCGUAGGCGCGCCAGACGAGCGCCCGGCGAAGAGGAGGUCCUCCGCCGGGCGUACAACAAGACCGACACGGCCCUGCGUAUUGCCAUCUGCAGGGCCAAGGUCGCUGCCUGGGAUGAGUUUCUGGCCAUCCUGGACAGCGACCCCUGGGGGAGGCCGUACCUCCACGUCCGGUAUGGAGCCCGCGCUGGUGAGAAGGGUGCUGGGGACAAUUUUCCCAGACCCCGGGCCCUUCGAACCCCCCAGGAUGCCCCCUGGUUCUGUUCCGGGGGCGUGGACCGCUGGCCCCGCCGUGUCUGAUGCAGAAAUCGACACGGUGAGGGACCGGCUCCGGAGCCGCAAUAAAGCUCCGGGGCCGGACGGGGCCCCGGCCGAGGUAAUGGCCAUUGCCUUAGACCCCCUGGGAGAGCAAUUCCGCGCGGUGCUAGAUACAUGCAUCGCGACGGGUCGCUUUCCCAGGCGCUGGAGUGGGGCGGCUCUGCCUUCUCCGCAAGGAAGGCCGCCCGGCGGACUCCCCAGCGGGCUACCGGCCGGUGGUGUUGCUCGAUGAGUCCGGGAAGGCUUUUGAGAAGAUUCUCGCCUCCCGGAUCAUCGAGCACAUCGAGGGUGAGGGGCCGGACCUGGCGGAAUGCCAGUACGGCUUCCGAACCGGCCGGUCCACGAUGGACGCGGUUGGCCGUCUCAAGAGGUGAACUGAGGCGGCCACAGCUCGGGUGGAGGUGGUGAUCGCGGUGUCCUUGGACAUCGCGAACGCGUUGAACACUAUCCCCCACGAGUGCAUAGAGGGGCCCCUCGAGUUCCACCGAGUGCCACUCUACCUCCGCACCCUCGUCCGGGACUACCUGCGAGACAGGUCAGUCCUGUACGAGGAUGCGGAGGGCCGCGUCCAGUCGUGGCCAGUGAAGGCAGGCGUAGCCCAGGGUUCCGUAUUAAAUCCCCUCCUAUGGAACCUGGGGUACAACUGGGUCCUGCGGGGUGAGCUCCUGCCGCGCAUGGAUGUAGGGUCGGCACUGUUUCCCGUGCCGGCGAGUCCCACACACGCCGUGCGCCUAGUCAGCGUCACGGUAUGCUGCGUAACUGCAUUUCCCCUCGUCACAAAAAAAAAGGGUAAUGUAUAGAAAACAUAUACUGUACAUACAUAUAUAUUUAUGUACAUAGAAAUACACAUUAAACAUACACCAUACCAUGACCGGAGUACAAAUGCUCGUACUCAUCACACAAACAUCUGACCCCGCCAGGAUUCGAAUCCGGGACCUCGAGUCGGCGACACUAUGAAACCCGGCGUACAAACCACUCGGCCAGGGAGGUCGGAGAGUUUUUAAUUUUAAGGGUAUGGAAUUAGCUGUUACCCUGGAUUAACACAUAGGCUAUGUUUUACUGCGGGAAAAUAUCCCACAGCUAGUCUUAAAUAAAUGCCAAAUAUUUCUAUUCAUUUCUCAUUUAAGCAUUUCAAAGAGAAGAUAAAUUACGCGACUAUGACCAUACUAGAACAAAUAAAAAAAAAGCAACUGAGUUGUUUCUUCUAAAUGAGCAUUAAACUUCUAGAUAUUCUAUUUUAUUUCGUACGUCUAGUUCUUAAAAGUAAAAUCUAAAAUUGAGGUAAUAAUGCGAAAACUUUCCUGUAAUGAAAAUUCAUAGUGCUUAGAGGUCUUUUUUUAAUGCAAUAACUGUGUGUAAGAAAGCGUAUAUCUUUUUAGCAUAAGCGUAAAAAGUUACGCUCUGUGGACUAUAAGCGGACGUCCGCUCCGUGUUCCCGCUUGAAAGUGUCUCACAGAUAGAGAUGGGCAGUGGGAAAAAAACCAAUGGGAAAAAACCCAAUAGACGGGUAUUUUCAUUAUUAAACAUAAUUAUCACGAUCUUAAUUUUUUUUUAUUUUUAGAACAAAUGUAGCGAAAAAUAGGUACUUUCCAGUGGCGAAGCUAAUAUAUUUACAUUCAAGCACAAGCGGACAUUGACGUAUACGUUAAUGCAAGCGACAUUAUUAAAUUGCGCGCUUUGUAAAAAUAUUUAUUUAUUUAUUUUGUACACACACAAUAAAAUAUUACAUCAAAGAGAAACAAGAGACAUGUACAAGGGCACUGCUUAUUUCAUAAUGAAAUUUCUUCCAGCAGGCCCGCGAAAGGAAAGAACAUAGAAAAAGGCAGUCAGUGUGUGCUCCUGAAUAAAUAUAACAUAAUACAUAUGCAAUACAUACAAUAACAUACAAUACAUAUAUAAUAAUAUUCUUUAAUAUGCUGGAUACAAAAUACGCAAUGCAUUUGAUAUCGCGCAUACGCACACAGAUCCGUUCCGUAGUAGGCUGGAUAAGCCGCUUAUCAUAUUGGGACUUCAAAUAAAUAAAAUGUAAGCACUUCACGCAUAAAUACACAUUACUACCACAUGCAACCAAUCGUCGAUAUAACAGCGAUAUAACCCGAUCUUAGAUAGCCUGCAAUCUUUAUUUGUCAUGUGUUAAGGCUCCGUUUAGCUUGAAGUUUUCGGCCAAUCGCAGACACCUGGCGCUCGGCUCUGUUGACCUGACGUAGAGAGGCCAUUAUUUCGCGCGCAUUCGCAUGGAUAAAUUAACAUUCGAAUCCGUUCUAUGCUAAUUUAUCUAUUGUGAUAAGUGAUUAGCUUGAUUGUGGUAUAUGUAGUUUAACAGAAUCGAAAGUAGUGAAAUUUUACUUGCCAAGUGUUGCGUAUAGUGUUUGUUUUAUUUCACCGUAAAGGUUUGUUUGCAUUUUUUUGUUUCUUGCCGUCACGUAGGAGUGGUGGAAUUAGUACAAAUAGAUUGUUGUCUUACAGAUUUCCUAUUAAAUGAGUUAACUUCAUUCUCAAAACAUUCGUUCGAAAAUAAAACGUGGCCAUGGCCUUCGGCUCUUUCUACCCCGUAAAUUCCUUACUGACGUGAUACUAUGUAUGUACGUAGAAUAGAAAUAAAUUAGCGGUAUUUCUGCUGGUUUUUAUUUGUGAUGAUGAUGCUGGCCCUUAUUUUGGUUCUUUGUUUUUCUAUAUAUUUAUUUAUAGCACAGUGUGACAUAAACCCGCACUUUACGCACGCUUUUCCGUGACCUAAGUUGCCUAUUUCUGCACGGUGUGUAAAUAAAUUGACCAACUUCACUCAUGUAGAAUUAGUACAUUACGAUACGCGUAACUUAACUUUACUAUGCCAAUCAAGGAAUAAACGUUCAUGGAUACAUUGAAAUUCUAUUUUGUUGUAAUGAUAUUUGAUUUUUUCCUUUUGAAAUAUACUUUCAAAAUCGUAAUCUGAACCGGAAUUCUUUCUUUUCAGAGUUUGACUUGCAGUCUGUAUUGCAAUUCUUUGUGAUUGUAAUACAUGAAUUUUACUUUCAAAACGGAGGCCCCAGCCCCCCCGAACCUCCCCCUCUUGCCCGCGUCCGGGGCGGGUUUAUUAUACACACUUGCUAUAAAAUAGUAUACGAUACUUGUGGCCUAAGUUGUCUAUUACUGCACGGCGUUUAGCACCCUCGCUCCGCUCGGGCGCUAACUUCACGCCGUGCAGUAAUAGGCAACUCAGCAUAGGUCACGCGUAUCGUAAUGUACUAUUAUAAUCUGUGUAUGAGUGACGUGUGCUUUAUGGUACUUUGCGAUGCGCACAUACUUUGCGACAGCGUUUAUAGGACACUAGCUGUUGACUUUUGCAGUUUAAUUUAUCAACAAAAAGAUGUCUUCAGAAGUCUACAAAACAAAAUCCCAGUCCUCAAUUAAACUAACAUAUUAACACAAGUGCGCACAGUACGAAGCCAAAAUAACGUGUAAGAUAGAUAGAUCACUGCUACUACCUGCCCCCCCCCCCCCCCCCCCGCGUACGUAGUUUCGAAUUACUUGUCGCUAAGAGUGGAUGAACACACAAACAGACAGGUUUUUUUAUUUUAUUUCAUUUUAUUUAAUUAGAUAGCAUGGAGUAUAUAUAACGUUUUUAUUGAAUUAUGAAAUUAAAAAAAGUUAGAUUAGCUCUAACUAGUAGUAAUAGUACUUACCAUUUGAUAUAUACAUGUAUCUCCACAUUACCUCGAUGUUACAUAUGCUAAAUAUGAAAAAACCCGAAUAUUUUCCCAUUUGGGAAUUUUCCCUGGGUUUUUUCCCUAUAUUUUCCCACAUUGGGGUUUUUUCCGGGUAAAAUCCCAUCUCUACUCACAGACAGCCGCGGCGGCCAGUUGUAUUCUCGCUUGCAAUGUAAGCGAGUGGUCAAACACGAGCGACCAAUAAAGGCUCUUUGUCUGUGAUACUUAUAACAGUUAAACGCACUUCACGCCCUAAAGCGCUAUAAUAAAAAUUUUGAAAAUGACAUUUAUGACUUUAAACUAAAGUGGAACUUUUUAUUAGCUGCAGUAAAAUGACGUUUUGUGGGUUACCGCUUUUUGAAGAAAAAUAAAUAGGGAUGUAGCUAAGUGAGUAAGUGGAUCAUUCAAUAAAUGAAUGAUCAGUUUGGUUUUGUUUUAGAGAUUUAUUAUUAAGUUGUAAUGUAUUUUUUUAUUCUAUUAUUAUUACUAUAGUAUAGGAUUGAUCUUUUUCAGUGGAAGUAUAGGGACGUAUAUCCAAAAUGAAACAAAAAUAUCAUAACAAUAUUAUUUAAA